CGGUAUUUGUGUAAACACUUUUUGCCGCCGGGGGAAACGUAAAGCAGCGUCGUAAAAAUGGCUGACAGUGGUGUGGCAGAAGGACCUGACAAGAAGGUUGACAUAACCCGUGCAAAGACCGAAGGCAAAGAGCUGACCAAAGAGGAGAAGCAGCGACUGAGGAAAGAGAAAAAACACCAGAAGAAAAACAAAGAAAAAAAAGAUGAUGCUGCGUCGCAAGAAAACAACACCACACCUGCUGCUACCGCUUCACAUUUACCACUCCCGACACAGCAAGCUUCUUCCACAGUGCCUGCCUCUGAAACUCCCGGGCCAGCGGAUAAGCCUGCCAGGACCAAAGCAGAGCUGAAAGCUGAGAGGAGAGCCAGACAAGAUGCCGAGAGGACCUCCAAACAGGGCAAGAAAGGAGACAUGGGCCAGCAGGCUGUUGCGCCUUCCAAACCCAAAGUACCUCCAAGCGAGCUUCAGCUAGUGGUGAAGAGGAUUCCUGAACAUGUCCAAGUAGACGACCCAGAUGUUUUAAGGAAACUUGCCAAGAAGCUGGAACGACAACAGAUCCCACUGCGGUUAGACUACGGCUACAAGGUCAGCCUCUUCUCACACCUUCACCAGUACAGUCGCAAAACCCCUCUAACGCAACAAGUCGGCAUUCCCUCCUCGGUCAUACAUCCAGCUAUUGUUCGACUGGGGCUACAGUAUUCACAGGGCAUCGUCGCAGGAUCCAACGCUCGCUCUGUAGCCUUGCUACAUGCAUUUAAACAGGUGAUAAGGGACUACACCACUCCACCUCAUGAGGAGCUGUCUAGAGACUUGGUCAACAAAUUGAAACCUUACAUCAGCUUUUUGAAUCAAUGUCGCCCUCUGUCGGCCAGCAUGGGUAAUGCAAUCAAAUACAUCAAGAAAGAGAUCUCCAACAUUCCAAGUCUUUGCAAGGAAGAAGAGGCGAAGACCAAACUGCUGGGCUGUAUCGAUAGCUACAUUAACGAAAAGAUAGUCCUUGCUGCCAAAGCCAUCGCAGAGAUCGCCAUCGAAAAGAUCAGCGACGGCGAUGUCAUCCUCGUCUAUGGAUGCUCGUCGCUGGUCAACCACAUUCUGUGCGAGGCCUUCGACAUGGGCAGGAAGUUCCGUGUGAUCGUGGUGGACAGCAGGCCUCGGCUGGAAGGCAGAGAGGCUCUUCGGCGCCUGGUCAAGAAGGGCAUCAGGUGCACCUACGUCCUCAUCUCUGUCGUCUCCUAUAUUCUCCCCGAGGUGUCGAAGGUGUUCCUCGGAGCUCACGCGCUGCUCGCCAACGGCUACAUGAUGUCCCGCGUGGGGACAUCCCAAAUAGCUCUGGUGGCCAAAGCUUUCAAUGUGCCUGUGCUGGUGUGCUGCGAGACAUACAAGUUCUGUGACCGGGUGCAGACUGACUCCUUCGUGUCCAAUGAACUCGAUGACCCAGAUGACCUCAUUGUGACCCGGAAGGGGAAGACCCAACUGGAGCACUGGCAGACAGUACCCUCGCUCGGCCUGCUCAACCUGGUCUACGACGUGACGCCGCCCGAUUUCGUGGACGUGGUCAUCACAGAGCUGGGCAUGAUCCCCUGUACGUCGGUUCCUGUAGUGCUGCGCGUUAAAAACGUCGACCAGUAAACUGCGGCUUUUAGCAUGCAAUAAUAAAUACACAUUUACAAAAGAAUGGGACUUUUAA